GUUUUUCGGUUUUAUAGAUUUAUCAACUCAAUAUUGUCAAAGUUCAAGUCAAUUUGUCCAAGUAUUUGUUCAUACUGAGAGUGUAUAUCAAAGAAAUUUAAAUAAAACUCCAAACAUGAGUCAAUGUGGUAAUCAAUCAGUUACUAACGCUAACUCUACAGAUACACCAUUAAACUGUAUCCGAUCAUUUAAGAUUGGUUGGACCGGAUUGCUGGAUGAAAUGUCCUGGCAAGAAUUAGAUGAACGACUUCAAAAGUUACUUCAGUACUACAUUAAUUUCUUGGAUCCUAAUAAUCAGCUACAGUUGGAUGAAACACCUGGAUUACAAGCCUACCAAUUAAGUUUUACAUUCACUGAACAAGGUGAAAUUAAAACACACAGUAUUGUACGAUCCUUUACUUCGGCUGCAUCAUCAUUUUCAUCAUCAGGUGAAAGCGCAUCACAGAUUUCUUGUACAGUGUUAUUAUUACCUACACCAUACACCACUGAUGAACAGAUUUAUGCACAAUCACCAACUAGUUGGGUAAACGACAUGAUCAAUAAGCAUAACGCUAAACAUUACACAUUAUCAAUACAAAUUCAUUUAAAAGGUUCUACAAUGAAAUUUCCAUUAGAAAAAGAUCAAAAAUCAUCAAAUCAACAACAACAACAGGUGUUCGUCAACCAGAACAUGUUAAAAUACGUUUGCUUUGGAAGUCUCCUGCCGCUGAUCACGUUGAAUUCCUAUUUAUCUAUCAUUCAAGAAAAUUCAGUUGUGAUAAUACAUGGUGCAAGCGGAACUGGAAAGUCACAUCUAGUUCAUGACUUAACUAAGUUGUUAGUUAAAAAUCCAUAUAGCGUGAAUGCAGUGUACAACUUUUGGUUUAAACACGAUGGCAGUACAACUGAUAGAGAAUUGAUGAAUAGCAUAGAUCAACAGUUGAAUUCGUACGCGGAAAAUGGUUACCCUGAAGUGAUCAACUUAUUCAAUAUUCAUUAUUUUCAAGGAUCACUGUCUGACUUACUCAAUGUAUUGAAAUGUUCAUCGGAUUGUCCAAAGAUUAUAGGAACUAGUGGAACUGGUAACACGGAACUUGAAAAUCUUUUGAUCAAUAAUCAGAUAAAAGUUAUAAAUCAUUUAUCUGAUAUGAAUGAUGCAAGUGGAUACUUAGAAAGGAGCCUAAACCGUAAAUUAAUUCAACAUCGCUUAUUCAAUGGAUUUUAUGCAUUGCACGGACUUAAAGAGGAUAAAGAUUCUUUGGAUAAAUUUAUCACACAAAUUGAAGAUAGAAAUUUGAAUCAGUUGAUUUCAUGGCUAAUGGAAUUUUGGAAUCAGCUGAAUGAAAUUCCUUACUUGUUCAUACAAUCCAGUCACUUCACUAUUUUCGGUAUACGAACAUUUCUUACAUGUCCAAUGCAUUCACAGCUGUCAUUGUACUGGUUUCUUGAUUUAUGGAAUAAUAUGCUGGUGCCUGUUUUAUUCAAAGAUAUAAAACAUGCAACGACUUCAAUUAUGCCAACAGAGGCUGAGCCUUUAUAUAGUAUAUUUAAAACACUCAAUAAUUUUCUCGGAUGGAUAACAAUAACGUGGCCAUGGAAUCCGACAAUUGUCAAUUUUCCAAAAUCGGUUAGAGAACCGGAAAUCACCUUGAUGCAGAAUUCAAUAUCUAUGAUUAAGAACUAUCAGCUAGCCUUGUCUACAUCGUGUAAUUCCGAUGUGGAAAUUUGUCAGCAUCGAACAAGUAUGGAUUCUGGCAUUAUUCUCGAUGGAAUUAAUCCGACAAAUAGCAGCAAUCUUUCCAAUUGUUUUGAAACUAAUCCAAAUAUCAUGUACAGUAACAAUUAUUAUAAUCCAUACCAUUAUCCAUAUGGAAUUGAAGACAAUGCUAGUAGUACACAACACGGUGUAACCAGUAUAACUGAUUGUAAUCCACUAGCUACGGCAACAUCCUAUCGAGUGCAGACGGAGAAUCAUACUAAAGGGAACAAUUCAAAAACUGCUACUACUACUGUGAAGUAGGAAAUAUACACACACAUAAACCACAAUAAAGAAAUCCUUUUGUCUUUUCAUUCAGAAUAUAAACAUAAAAGUCACAACAUUCUCGGCUUUCUAUUUCUGUUUGUUUCAUUCAUAAAUAAUAAAUAUGUAGAUUACCUUACAUUUUUAUUCUUAAAUGCUGACUGUCAUGAAUAUUUCACUUUGAAAAAGAUUGAGACUUUUUUUUCUUUACACAUUCGCUUUGAUAUCUGUAAUUGAUUAUUGCUUACAAAAUCUUGUUCCUGUUAGGGAACAAAAUUAUCAAUAACACUUAUUAGCUAAUAUCAAUGACCUGGAGUGGAAUAAGUAGGGUGACACUGCAAGUUUUCAAUUCUACUUAAAAAUAAAGAAGAAAUGAUAGAAAGAUAUUGAAAUUUUCAUGUCUUUUUCUUUUAAAAAUGCCUGUAAAGAAAAAAAAUUCAUUUGUUACAAUAUAUAUAUAUAUUCAUACUUCUAUACUUGCAAUAA